AUGUCUAGUGCGUCGAGUAAUCAGUCAGUUAUUCGUGACGGGGUGGAUUACGAGGAAGUAUAUCCGUCCGGUCAACGAGAACAAGGUAGUCCAGAUGAUAGUAGUCCGUCCACAUCCUCCUCGUCCUCAACAUAUGAGGAUCUGGAGGUGGUUGAUCCAGACGAGGGACCUGGUGUUGGUGAGGAUCAAGUUGUCAGAUCCGUCAUUGGUGCUGAUGGGCUUAGGAAGUUCGUCAUGCUACCAGAGUGGACGGUGAAUUUCUUCACGUCCGUCAUCAAGGAAAAGCACUUUAAGACAUUUUGGGAUAAUUAUCAAAUUCCAGAAAAUGUUACGAUCCGUCUACCCUACAAAUCAGAGAGGUGUUACUAUGACGGGGUAGAGGGAGUCGGGGUGUAUGAGCAAAUGUUGAAGGCCGGACUUAGAUUCCCAUUGAGUUCGCUUCACCUUAGACGACGGUCCCAAAUUGACCUUGAGGAGUUUGCUUUCAUUGAGAAAAUCCUCUCAAAGACCAAGCCGGAGGAAAGGACUUGGGCGAAGCUGGUAACACUAAAUACCAUUCACUGGUAUUGCGACGGACCGGAACCUACAGCGGCUGCCGUCAAGUACGAAACACAGAUAAGGAGACAGAUGGACGAUGCUAAGAGAAGAGCCUUGAUUCGGUCAAAGGCUGCAAAGAAGACUGCUGACGACACUCCCCCUGUGACGGGCCCAAGCAAUCCGUCUGCUAAGCGGAAGACUCAGCCCAAAGCGGACCGUCAGGCCAAGAAGGCCAAAGUGUCUUUAGAUCCCGUCGUGGGACUCAUGGCGGAGCCUCCGAAGACGGUCACUCCAACCAAGCACGGGGUUGGCAAGGGUUUGAUGAAAGGCCCGUCGAAGGUUGACGAGAAGCCGCCCGUCCUUCUUCGAGAGGAUUCUAAGCAUGCCUUAGAACAGAUUUCCUCCAUCAUCUCGGCGGAGGAUUAUGAAGACUUAGGCAACCACUCGACGGAGGCCAUGGGGGAGACGGGCCUGUUUGCAAUUACACAGGUAAGAUAGUCCGUCUACUACUCAAAUACAACUUAAAUCAUCUGUCGAA